CGUCAACCGGGAAGUGGCCAUCUAUCAUAACAAAACAUGGAAACUUCUUGCGUGAACAGAUUUGAUUCUCUUAUUUUAUUCCAAGAUUGUGAAUAUUUUUGUACUUAAAAUCAGUUCUCCAGUAAAAUAAUUCUGUUUGUUAGAAAUUAUAGCUGUAAAAGUACUUAAUGCGUUGUACUCCAUCGAGAUGGUGAUAUCGUCCGAUCACGAGCGCAAUGGAAUUGCGGAUUUUUUCACCCAAACCGAUCCCGAGGUGCGGAAAGUCACACUAACCAUAGGGAAUAUCAUCUCUAAAAAUACUAUCAAGGAGAUUACGCUUGAGAAAUCACUGAAUGUCAUGCUCGACAACUGCCGUGAUGCCACUUCACUGCUCUCGAAGAACAUCGUGAAACCCGAAUUCAUCUACAGAUAUCUGCAGAGCUACAACAUACAACUCCCACCGGAGAGUACAAAAGCAGGCUUGAUAAAGCAGUGCAUCAACUUUUGGCGAGUCAAAUAUGGAGCGCCAGCUGGGAGCACACCGAGUUCCGACCCCCAGACGAUUGUCCUUCCGUCUACGUCAGCAGAAUCUAGCUCUUCCAAUAGCACCAUGCAAAAUCUCGUAGCAACUGGUGGACCUAUGGGAAAUCAAACAAAUGGCCCAGGAUAUGACACAACCGAUCCGGGACAGGAGCAAUACCCCGUCAAUCUGUUGGCACUAGACUACACGACAUGGUUUUAUCUCAAAUGGAAUCGUAACUCGUUGGAUGAGAGCGCUUUCUGGUCCGAUGCCAUGUGUUCAGUGAUGCUCGAAAUAAGCGAAAGUCAGCAAGGAGUCGAGGAAGUCCGAGGGCACAGGGAUAUUAUGAAUCUGAUUUUGAGCCUCAAGUUCCAGUACAGUUUUCAAUUAGUUCCCAACAUAAUGUUCGAUGGUUGCCAGGGUCGAAUAUCGGAGAACGGAGUGCUGGUGUUGACGGUAGGGGUGGUUCACAACGACCGGAGGGGACUCGACAAUCGAUUGACGACACUGGGAGAGUUUGAAAGCAUGAUUGGAUUACGGAGAGAUCCCUCCGAAAACAAUAACUGGAAAAUCACUAUGUACAAGCUAUACAUACGGUAUAAACACGUGGACAAUUUACCUGCCUUAUCGAAUAGUAAGAUGCUUACCGAGUGCCUGUUGAUACCGCUCACAUUGGAUAGCGUUUGAGUGCCAUUUGGAGGGAUGCUUCUAUUGCUACAUAAAGCUGAAAGAUUAUUAUGCAUAGUGAUGCGAUUUUUUGAAUAUCGAACAAGAAUUAUUUUUCAUGAUGAAUGCGACACAAUACAUAUUGUUAUUUGUUCAAAUCAAAAAUUAUUCCAUGAUAUCCGAAAUGUCUUGGAAUGAAAACUAAUGUAUACAUACAGUAUUGAACAUAUGCAACGUGUGGACUUAACACAAAGUGUCUACAAAACAUUUAUUUUUCAAAAACUAUAUGCAAUCAUCGUCAUGAGACGCCGGAUUACGUGUCUAGUUGCGGUUAACGCACAUAGGGGCAAUAUGAGCUACUCUCAUUUUGAGCUUAUUGACAAGUUUUAUCAUGUAAAAGUUAUAUGAUCUUUAGGAGAAUGCUCUACAUAUGCCUCAACCUGAAAACUGCAUUAAAAUUCAAUUCGAACAUGAAAAUACCCUUGAAAAUGUAAAUUUUUACAGCAUAUGUAAAAUUAUUAUAAGAUUUGAAGUUUAUAAAUAAGGUUUUGACACAAAACUGAUUAAAAUACAGGUCAAAAAUACAUCACAAUCAAAAGAUCCAAUAUAAUUGAAUAUUGUGCACACAUGUUUGUACUGAUACAAAUCUCAAUUUAUCAUAAAACUUUUUUUUCAAAAGCGGUUUCUAUGGGGCAUCAUGGGCAUACCUGCACAGAGCAAGAUAUCAUGCCUUAAUAUGCGAACAAGUUCAAAUUUCAGUUUGCAAAUACAAGAAUAUUAUCAUCUAUAUAAAAUUCAUUACGGAAAAAUUACAACACCGCAUUUACUGCGAUCGAAACAUAAAAAAUGACCAAUGAUCAAUUGAAAUAUGGCUGUUCAAACAGUGAAGAGUGGCGCAAAUCGGUUCGGUCUGCUGUUGUGCGGUUUUUUAAUUUUAUUUGGUAUGGAAUACUCUAAA